GAGUGUAAUAUGGCGAAGACCUACGAUUACCUGUUCAAGCUGCUGCUGAUCGGGGACUCGGGGGUGGGGAAGACCUGUGUCCUGUUCCGCUUCUCCGAGGACGCCUUCAACUCCACUUUCAUCUCCACCAUAGGAAUUGACUUUAAAAUCAGGACCAUAGAGCUUGAUGGCAAGAGGAUCAAACUGCAGAUAUGGGACACAGCCGGCCAGGAACGGUUCCGGACCAUCACGACGGCCUACUACCGGGGAGCCAUGGGUAUCAUGCUGGUCUACGACAUCACCAACGAGAAGUCCUUCGACAACAUCCGGAACUGGAUUCGGAACAUUGAGGAGCACGCCUCUGCAGAUGUGGAGAAGAUGAUACUUGGGAACAAGUGUGAUGUGAACGACAAGAGACAGGUGUCCAGGGAACGGGGAGAGAAGCUGGCCCUUGACUAUGGAAUCAAGUUCAUGGAGACCAGCGCCAAGGCCAACAUCAACGUGGAGAACGCAUUUUUCACCCUCGCCAGAGACAUCAAAGCAAAAAUGGACAAAAAAUUGGAAGGCAACAGCCCCCAGGGCAGCAGCCAAGGCGUCAAGAUCACCCCCGACCAGCAGAAGAGGAGCAGCUUCUUCCGCUGCGCGCUGGCGUGAGGAGCCGCCGUACCUGGGCGCGCCCGGCCCAGCUGACUGUGCCUGUCCCCAGCGAGCCUGGCUCGCGGGGCCCUCCCGCUCCAACACCUCACCCGCCGGGGCCACCGGGCCCUCGGCCACCAGAACAUAAUUGAGAAAUUAUUUUAGUAACUGUCUGAUCUUUUUCAACUUUGGAGAUGGAAGAAGAAUUCGCUAUUUUCCUCAAAGCCCACCAGGACGGCCCACCUGUCCAUCUACCAGAGAGAAAGAUGGGGUCCCGGUGAUCAGCAGCCGCCGCAGGCAGACCCCGUCUUGGGGCCUCUGAUCCUGGUGUCACCGCAGCGCCCCACAGAAAGCCUGUCCCGCCGCCGGUGGUGCCAGGCACGUCCGCUCUGCACCGAGCAAGUGACCGAUGGCCAGGGCCGGGCGCAUUCACCCGACAGGUCUGCCGCCCGCCCACAUCAGCCUCCUCUCAGUUUUG